CCCCUCACGCCUCCCCUGCCGGAGGGGUCGUCGUCGGUCCCCUUCGGCCCCCGGAGGUCGGCGUGUGGGCUCCGGACAUGGCGCCUCAGAAGCACAGCGGGGGCGGCUCGGGGCCCAGCGCCGGGGCCGCCGCCGCCGCCACCGGAGGGGGAGGAGGAGGAGGAGGAGGAGCCGUCGUCGUCGUCGCGGCCGCCGCCGCCGCUUUUGCGGCGUCGGCGGCGGCGGCGGCGGCGGCGGCCGGCGGCAAAUCGGGCGGCGGAAGCGGCGGCUACUCGGCCUCGUCCUCCUCCUCCACGGCGGCCGCCGCCGUGCUGCCCGUGAAGAAGCCGAAAAUGGAGCAGCUGCAGGCCGACCACGAGCUCUUCCUCCAGGCCUUCGAGAAACCAACACAGAUCUAUAGAUUUCUUCGAACUCGAAAUCUCAUAGCACCAAUAUUUUUGCACAGAACUCUUACUUACAUGUCCCACAGAAACUCCCGAACAAACAUCAAAAGGAAAACAUUCAAAGUUGAUGACAUGUUAUCAAAAGUAGAGAAAAUGAAAGGAGAGCAAGAGUCUCAUAGCCUGUCAACUCAUCUGCAGCUUACAUUUACGGGCUUCUUCCAUAAAAAUGAUAAACCAUCACAAAACUCAGAGAAUGAACAAAAUUCUGUUACUUUGGAAGUUCUACUUGUGAAAGUCUGCCACAAGAAACGAAAGGAUGUCAGCUGUCCUAUCAGGCAGGUUCCGACAGGUAAAAAGCAGGUGCCUUUGAAUCCAGACCUCAACCAAACAAAGCCUGGCAACUUCCCAUCCCUUGCCGUUUCCAGUAAUGAGUUCGAACCUAGCAACAGCCAUAUGGUGAAGUCUUACUCCUUGCUAUUCCGAGUGACCCGCCCAGGAAGAAGAGAGUUCAAUGGCAUGAUUAAUGGAGAGACUAAUGAAAAUAUUGAUGUCAAUGAGGAGCUCCCCACCAGAAGAAAACGAAAUUCUUCAAAUCGCGAAGAUGGAGAAAAGACCUUUGUAGCGCAGAUGACUGUGUUUGAUAAAAACAGGCGCUUGCAGCUUCUAGAUGGAGAAUAUGAAGUAGCAAUGCAGGAAAUGGAAGAAUGUCCAAUAAGCAAAAAGAGAGCAACGUGGGAAACAAUUCUUGAUGGAAAGAGGCUGCCUCCGUUUGAAACAUUUUCUCAGGGACCUACACUGCAGUUUACUCUCCACUGGACAGGAGACACUAAUGACAAGUCUACAGCUCCUAUAGCCAAGCCUCUUGCAACUAGAAAUUCCGAGAGCCUCCCUCAAGAAAAUAAACCUGGUUCAGUUAAACCCACUCAGACAAUAGCUGUGAAAGAAUCUUUAUCUUCAGAUCUGCAAACAAGAAAAGAAAAAGAUACUUUAAAUGAACCCCGGCAAAAAUUAAGAAUAUUUUACCAGUUCCUUUAUAACAACAACACAAGGCAGCAGACUGAAGCCAGAGAUGACUUGCAUUGCCCUUGGUGCACAUUGAACUGUCGCAAACUUUAUAGUUUACUCAAACAUCUUAAACUCUGUCAUAGCAGAUUUAUCUUCAAUUAUGUAUAUCACCCCAAAGGGGCUAGAAUAGAUGUUUCUAUCAAUGAGUGCUAUGAUGGCUCCUACGCAGGAAACCCUCAAGAUAUUCAUCGCCAGCCUGGAUUUGCUUUCAGUCGCAAUGGGCCAGUCAAGAGAACACCCAUCACCCACAUUCUUGUAUGCAGGCCAAAGCGCACGAAAGCAAGUAUGUCUGAAUUCCUCGAAUCUGAAGAUGGGGAAGUAGAACAGCAGAGAACAUACAGCAGCGGACACAAUCGGCUCUAUUUCCACAGCGAUACCUGCUUACCUCUCCGCCCACAGGAAAUGGAAGUAGACAGCGAGGACGAAAAGGAUCCUGAAUGGCUGAGAGAAAAAACUAUAACUCAAAUUGAAGAAUUUUCAGAUGUCAACGAAGGAGAAAAAGAAGUUAUGAAACUGUGGAAUCUUCAUGUUAUGAAGCACGGGUUUAUUGCUGACAAUCAAAUGAAUCAUGCCUGUAUGCUGUUUGUUGAAAAUUAUGGACAGAAAAUAAUCAAGAAGAAUCUGUGUCGAAACUUCAUGCUUCAUCUGGUCAGCAUGCAUGACUUUAACCUCAUUAGCAUAAUGUCAAUAGACAAAGCGGUCACCAAGCUUCGGGAAAUGCAGCAAAAAUUAGAAAAAGGAGAGUCUGCGACCCCACCAAAUGAGGAGUUUUCUGAAGAGCCAAACGGGACAACGAAUGGAUACAGUGAAGUGAACGCUCGAGAAAAAAUGUCAGAAACAGAUAGCGUCUCAGGGGUCACAAAACAGAGUAAAAAACAAAAGCUUUGAAAGAAAAGGCUCACUCAUGUUAUGGACAAACACUGAAAUGACAUUCUUUAGGGAGCAUGAUCCCUAGAAAGAACUUUCAAAACUGUUCUUUGUCUUCUCUCUCUCUCUCUCUCUUUUUUUUUUU